AUGACGGACAAAGCGGAACGCACCGGCGACGCGACCCUGCAAGCCUGCAAGCAGUGCGGGAAAGCACUUGAAGGCAUCGCGUUGUGCACGGCAGUGGCUACCGAUGGGAGGAAGCACGUGUGCAAGGAAUGUGACAAGGGGUUUACAACGCGUUUUAGUUUAGAGACGCACAUGAGAACACACACCGGUGAGAGGCCGCACGUGUGCAACGAGUGUGGGAAGAGGUUUACAACGCGUUUUACCUUAAGCACGCACGCUAUUUCACACACGGGCGAGUGGCCGCACGUGUGCAAGGAAUGUCAAAAGGGCUUUGCACAACGUUCCGAUUUAGAGAAACACGCACGAAUACACACCGGCGAAAAGCCGCACGUGUGCUACGAGUGUGGGAAGGGCUUUUCCCAACGUUCUACAAUGGAGGCGCACAUCAGAACACACACCGGCGAGAAGCCGCACGUGUGCAAGGAGUGUGGGAAGGGGUUUACAAAGCGGUGUAAUUUAACCACACAUUCUAUAUCACAUACGGGCAAGUGGCCGUACGUGUGCACGGAGUGCGGAAAGGGUUUUGCACAACGUUCUGAUUUAGAGAAACACACACGAAUACACACCGGCGAGAAGCCGCACGUGUGCAUGGAGUGUGGGAAGGGCUUUUCGCAACGUUCUACAUUGGAGGCGCACAUCAGAACACACACCGGCGAAAAGCCACACGUGUGUAAGGAAUGUGGGAAGGGGUUUUCCAAUCGUUACAAUUUAGAGAAGCACGCGAGAACACACAAUAAUAUUGUUGAUGCAAAAACUAUUGUCCUGCCAUGUCCGUGGGCGUUGUGA